GUGGGUGAUCGCGCUGACAUUGCUGACUGUCUGCAUCUGGCAUGCGCGUCAUGAUGCGCAGCAUGGAGUGCAGGAGUGGCACACCGUGCUGCCGCUGUCCUGCAUGGCUGGGGUGGUCGUGUCCUCCUGCUUGGGGCUGGUGGCCUACAGAAGCUUCUAUUCGCAGUACUGGCUCUACAGGUCCAGCCAUUCGUAUGUGAAUGUUCUUCCCUCUGAGCCUGCUGCGGGCUAUUUAGAUGCUGGGAAGCUGGUUUUCGCGGAGGAGGCGCGUGUGGAUACAAAGCGAGGCCUUGGUUUUAUGGACAGGUCUGUGUACUGUGUCGCGCCAAUCAUCGACGACUCCCACCCCGAUAAGAUCCAAUUCUGGGCUGCAGGGCAGGACUGCUGCAGCGCCCGUGGUGACUUUGAGUGCGACGACGCCUGGGAUAGGAGAGCUCACGCCGGUGUCGUCCUUCGAAAAGCCGCGCCGGAGUAUAUGCAGGCGGUGAAGCAGGCGAAAGCGGUUUAUCGCUUAUCCACGCCCGCUGAGCCUGUCUUUGUUCAGUGGGUCGUGGAUCCUGAGAAGGCAGAGCUGAACUACUGGUUGCUCGGCAACGGGAUCCUUAUCGGCUCCUGCGUGGUUUUCUUUGUCCUCUCCGCGGUCGUGAACGUGAUCCUCCUGCCCUUGGCAAAGCCGCGAGAGGACUGCUCCGGAUCGAUACAAGUAAUUUGGGCAUGGGGUUUAGGAUCUUGGAGUGAAUCAAUUACAUGUGUAAAGCCGUUGUCACUUGUCAAUGAAGCACCCACCCCCCCCCCCGUUGAGCGUCCUGAACACGACAGCUUCAGUCUUUUUACGCGAUAG